UUUUUGAUAAAUAUGGCCGCUUGCUGUAGAAAUCAUUUUUCAUAAAAUUAUAAUCUACAUUUUUUUUCUGCCAACGUAUGCUGUUUUAUUCAAAGACUGUUAAAAAUUGAUUAAACUGUUUAAAUUGUGUGUGUAAGCAAGACUAGCUGUUCAGUGUACAAGUGAAGAUCUUGAAGGCAUCCUGCUAAUUAUUGGAGCUUGCUACACUUCAGAGAUAAAGACACUAUUUGGGGUACACUUGUUGGCAGUGGUUAUGGCGUCCGAAGAAAAUCAACUGCAAUUUGUAGAGAGGUCGGAGAGUUUUCUGGAGACACCUCUGUCGCCCAGGGUUACCGUAGUCAGCAAAACAAGCAGCCAGACGAACUUCUCAUUAGCUCUGACUGUAGUGGACACCGACCUGGUCAGCACUGCUUUCUCACAUGAGAUGAUCAACACUGAUUCCUCUAAGGAGUUAGCUAACUGUGAUUCUUCCCAAGAGCUUGCCGAUGCAUCUUCUCAGGAGCCGACCAACCCUGCUUCCUCUUUAGAGUUGAACAGGUCAAUCUCAAUAGACAGCCAGAGAUCAGAGGUCAAUGUGGAAAUUGAUGGAAUAAGAGAAACUUGCUUCUCACCUACCCAAAAAGUUAUGUCCACUCGCGUAAGAACAGUGUACUCUAGAUCCAGCAGUGGAGGCAACAGCGGCAUGGAAGUAGAUCAAGCAAUAAGUGCUGCUAGUAAUCCUUCAGACUCUGACUCGCCUUUUUCAGAGCAAGUUAUUGAAGGAACUUUUGAAGAGAGCGGCCAGAGGGAAAGAAAGACAUCAGACUCUUAUUACAUCAAACAGACUUAUCAAAUCAGUUCAACAGAGAGCACCUCACUUUCUGUGACUGCUAUCAAAAAUGUGACUUUCAAGAGCUCUAGAGAUGUUGAGAUUGGAAAGUCUGGAAACGAAUCCAGCACGCGUACAGUCGAGAAAACUGGAGAUUUUGUUGCAGAAGGAGCUCAGCAUCUCGACUCUCCUAAGGACAAGCAUGCGCAUUUGGAUUGGUUUGGGUCAGGUCAGGAAGUUGACCAAGGAUUAAAUAGAUUGAAAACGGCAAGGGAGGAUGUCCAGCAGUUGAUACAGAGCACCUACAUGGUGAGUGAUAUAACCAGUGUAAUUGACAAUGAUAGUAUGGGGCCAGAUUCUCUGAAGGCAAAAGCACAAGAGUCUAUGACAAAUAACCUUUCUACAUAUGGAUCUUCAGUAGAUACUAUCAGUGUUAAUGCUAACUUCAAUCAAAAUAGUAUUGUACAUUAUCCUGAUAGUUUGUCCCUGAAAAAGGAUGAGAGUGCCACUGAAAAUACUGAAUGUCCACCAAGGCUCACCUAUUCGCCGGGCAUCGCCAUAAGGAGUUACGCUCUUGAAGAACUGGUGGAUAAAAAGUCUAGGACCACCCCGGAAAGGUCAGACACUGUCGAUUUAGAAGCUGCUGUGAGGUCAACAAGAUUCGAUGAAGAGUCCUCCCAAGUAGAUCUGGACAUCGGAAAAUCUGUUGAUGAGCUGCCCUCUGGGGAGGCUAUUCCACAUCUCAAGAAAGUAGAUUUCUCACAGUUCAGAAAAACAAAAGAGCAAAGUGCAAGGUCAAUCACAACUGAAGAAGUAAACAUGUUCAAAGUGACUAAAAUCCAGAAGGUUUCAUUAGGUGACGAGGCUCACACCGCAGAGAUCAAGAGUCCCACUGUGCAUGAAAAUAAAGAAGAAGAGGAUGAACUCUUGGACCAGUUGGUAGACCUUGAGUCAAUCCAAGUUGGCUACCGGUUCCACGAUGUGGGGAUGAUGAUUGGUGCCGGAGGUAUCUGCAACAUGGCAUUUGAUGACACUGAUGACUCUGCAUAUGUCGCUGCACAACAGAAUCCAAGCGCUCUUACUCAGCCUUCAGAGAGUUUUGACUCCUUGGAAACAUCCAGUGGUCAGUCUACAGAAUCUUUUUCAUUGCUCAACCAGCCUAGUGGAAAGGAGUUACCUGGAAGCACUGAAUCCUUAACCAGCUUUUUAUGUGAAGAAUCUUCAUCAUUAAAUCAGAACAGUUCUGUUUUUUCUUCGACCACACUUCAAGAUGGCGAAAGAUUCAAUCAGCUUGUUGAGAGUAGAACCAGCACUGAGUUCAUUAGUAAUGUAUCUGAUUCACAUAGUCCAAGCACACUCGAAUUAGGUAAAGUUGAAAAUAAAAUAGUAAUGGAAAAUAAUGACUCUCAAGUAGUCGUUAAAGAAUCAGAAAAUACAUACAAGUCAGAAGAUAUAAGUAAUUCCACUGUAGCUAAAACCGAAACAGAAACUGCAAUGAAGACUAAAGUUGAAAGUGUUGUCACUGUUUCCAAAAAGGAAACUGGAAAUAAAAAGAAAAGCAAAACAAAGAAAGGAGGUAACAUUGCUGCAGCCAAAAAAGAAACUGAAAUGGCUAGCAAGACGUCAGAAGUUACUGACGCUACGAUCAACAGUCCCAACAUUAGUCCAGCAAGUCAUUCCUAUAUCGAAAAGCUGGCACAAGAGGUAUCUGCCGAAGUAAAGAAAGUGGUCAAGCAGGAGGCUGGAAAUAAGAAAAACAAAGGUAAAAAUCGAUCAUCUAAAGCAAAGAAAGAUAAGGCAGCAAAGAACCAAUCCAAUGCUUCUGCUGAAGAUGCAUCUGCCUCUCUAUGCCAACCGCAAGCGUCAGUUAACAUACCAGAUAUUAAGGAGACAGACUUGUCAAAGAUUAAUGAUGGUUGCAGCAUCAACAUACCAUCUCAGACCGAACGUUCAGAAACUGAAAUGGCAACCACAACACAGUCCAAUGUCAGUGUGAAUCAAGCUAACUUGAGCGACUCUGUAUCGCUAGGAUCUAGUGUCAAAACCUUAUCUCAAACCGAACGUUCAGAAACUGAAGUUGCACCCACAUCACAGUCCAAUAUCAAUGUGAACCAGGCUAACCUGAGCGACUCUGUAUCGCUAGGAUCUAGAGUCAAAACCUUAUCUCAAACCGAACGUUCAGAAACUGAAGUUGCACCCACAUCACAGUCCAAUAUCAAUGUGAACCAGGCUAACCUGAGCGACUCUGUAUUGCUAGGAUCUAGUGUCAAAACCUUAUCUCAAACCGAACGUUCAGAAACUGAAGUUGCACCCACAUCACAGUCCAAUAUCAAUGUGAACCAGGCUAACCUGAGCGACUCUGUAUCGUUAGGAUCUAGUGUCAAAACCUUAUCUCAAACCGAACGUUCAGAAACUGAAAUGGAAUCCACAACACAGUCCAAUAUGAAUGUGAACCAGGCUAACUUGAGCGACUCUGUAUCGUUAGGAUCUAGUGUCAAAACCUUAUCUCAAACCGAACGUUCAGAAACUGAAAUGGAAUCCACAACACAGUCCAAUAUGAAUGUGAACCAGGCUAACUUGAGCGACUCUGUAUCGUUAGGAUCUAGUGUCAAAACCUUAUCUCAAACCGAACGUUCAGAAACUGAAAUGGAAUCCACAACACAGUCCAAUAUGAAUGUGAACCAGGCUAACUUGAGCGACUCUGUAUCGUUAGGAUCUAGUGUCAAAACCUUAUCUCAAACCGAACGUUCAGAAACUGAAAUGGAAUCCACAACACAGUCCAAUAUGAAUGUGAACCAGGCUAACUUGAGCGACUCUGUAUCGUUAGGAUCUAGUGUCAAAACCUUAUCUCAAACCGAACGUUCAGAAACUGAAAUGGCAACCACAACACAGUCCAAUGUCAGUGUGAAUCAAGCUAACUUGAGCGACUCUGUAUCGCUAGGAUCUAGUGUCAAAACCUUAUCUCAAACAGAACUUUCAGAAACUGAAGUUGCACCCACAUCACAGUCCAGUGUCAUUGUCAAUCAAGCUAACCUGAGCGACUCUGUAUUGCUAGGAUCCAAUGUCAAAACCUUAUCUCAAACAGAACGUUUAGAAUCUGAAGUGGCAUCCACAACACAGUCCAAUAUCAGUGUGAACCAGGCUAACCUGAGCGACUCUGUGUCGCUAGGAUCUAGUGUCAAAACCUUAUCUCAAACAGAACGUUUAGAAUCUGAAGUGGCAUCCACAACACAGUCCAAUAUCAGUGUGAACCAGGCUAACCUGAGCGACUCUGUGUCGCUAGGAUCUAGUGUCAAAACCUUAUCUCAAACAGAACGUUUAGAAUCUGAAGUGGCAUCCACAACACAGUCCAAUAUCAGUGUGAACCAGGCUAACCUGAGCGACUCUGUGUCGCUAGGAUCUAGUGUCAAAACCUUAUCUCAAACAGAACGUUUAGAAUCUGAAGUGGCAUCCACAACACAGUCCAAUAUCAGUGUGAACCAGGCUAACCUGAGCGACUCUGUGUCGCUAGGAUCUAGUGUCAAAACCUUAUCUCAAACAGAACGUUUAGAAACUGAAGUUGCACCCACAUCACAGUCCAAUAUCAGUGUGAACCAGGCUAACCUGAGCGACUCUGUGUCGCUAGGAUCUAGUGUCAAAACCUUAUCUCAAACAGAACGUUUAGAAUCUGAAGUGGCAUCCACAACACAGUCCAAUAUCAGUGUGAACCAGGCUAACCUGAGCGACUCUGUGUCGCUAGGAUCUAGUGUCAAAACCUUAUCUCAAACAGAACGUUCAGAAACUGAAGUGUUAUCCACUAAAUCAAUUAUCAGUGUGAACCAAACCAACCAGAGCAGCUUGCUAUCACAAGGAUCCUCUGUCAGUAUCACAAAGGAAGGUUCACUAAAAAUCAAUACGAAAGAGAAGGGAGCAUCACUGUUAAAAUUGACCGCAAUGUCUAGACCUAGGCGGCCCAUACCAGUCACAAGAAGGUUUAACGUCAACCAGAAGUUUGAGUCUUCACUCAAGUCUCUUGGGGGAAUCCUCAAGUCUGAGUCCGUCUUUAUCGACAUUUACUUUGACACGCCCGACUUUGACUUGACGCUGGCUGACUGUUGGCUGAGAACCCACAACGGCCGUUGGCAGCUGCACGCCAACUUCUGCAAACUGCUGAAUGAUGAGACCAAACGAGAAUACUUUGAGAUCGAGAGCACCAACGUCAUCCUGGAAACGCUGGAGCGCAUCCUGAAGUCCAAGAACGCCAAGGCUACAUCAGAUGCUUCCGUGGCUCUUUUUGUUGUCAGGUCUGGUCUGAAAGAGUUUGUCAGGUACAGGACCACCAGGAAAACGUAUGUCCUUCAAGACAUGACCAUAGACCUAGAGUUGCCAGAGUACGGCUUUUGGGUGGGCAGUGUGACAUCUACUGGCAAUGGUGGACGUAGACCUUGUGAUGCACUGAAUGAAAUCUAUGCUUUCUGGAAAAAGACUGGCGUGGACGCCCUCAACCUCCUUCGUGACUGAUGACCCUGCCAGGCCACGAUCUGAAUUUAUCACCUGUGAGAGACUUGAACCCAUACUGUUUGGGAAACAUCUCCACAUGAGGACAUCAUCCUGUACAUCUCCAGUCUCAUACAAGACUUUAGAUGUCUCCUAUGACAUUGUCACCUUUAUACAUUCUGCUCAUUUUUGUUUCCACGUUUUUGUUGAAUGUAUAGAACAAAGUAAUCAACAAAUAUUAUUUCUUUUUCAUAUGAUUCUAUUAUAGUCAUUUUUUCAGUUUCAAAUAAGUUCCAUUUGUUUUAUAUACCUACUAAAUCAUCUAAGUACAAAACAAAAGAAUCUUUUCAUAUAAAUGACCAAAACAAAAUAAUUUUCUUUUUGCAUGACCUUUUGUAUUCAUUCAAAUAUAUAUAUCUAUCCAACAAUCAAAUUUUUUUUGCAUUUAUAUAUGUAUGCAAUAUAGUAUUAUAUAAAGGAUCCAAAAUAGCUGCUUAGUUUUUUCUCUUGAACCUAACAACUUACAUGUCGCAUCAAAGUCUCAUCGCAAACAAUUUAAUUCAUGAGAAAUGAAAAAUCUCUGAGCCUUUUGGUUUGAGAAAAGCUGCAUUAGUUAUAAAUGUAUACAGUCACUGACCACCACUCCUACCUAGAUCAUCAAAUUGUAAGUAUGAUUCCCAGAGCCUGAAGUACCGGUAGCUGAAUAAACAAAGCUCCUUGACAACUAGAAUUAAAAAUGUGUAUAUUUUGACUCUUGUUUGUGUAUUGAUUGCUUCAAAAAAUACAAACUAAUCAAACAGUUAUUUUUUUUAGAAGUUUAGUAUCAGUUUGAGGAAAGUGAAAAAAAAAGGGGGGGGCACAAAACUCAAAAUUCAUAUUACAAUAAUAAAGUAUAAAAUUAUCUAUCUCCUUCCACCCCCCAUCCCUGGUCAAACAUCUAAAGCAAUUUCUUUAAACUUGUCUGCUGUGCCAGAGACUUGGGUUUGAAUAUCUGACAACAUUUGGGGCAAAGUGAAGGCUUUAAGUCAUGUUAUAGUAAGUUAGUAUUCUCUGGAAACAAUUGUAAUGGCAUCCUAGAGUUAUGGUUCCUUCAUGAACCUUAUGCAUUAGCAGCAGAAUCUAUUGGGUCAAAUAAAUUACUAGAGUUGAAAGACGCUCAAUUUGUAUUAUGUGUCGACAUUAUAUUGCAAAGAAACAAUAUCAACUACAGAAAAUUCAGGCACAUUCUUGAUCAGUGGACAUUAUUCACCUAGUUUAGACUUGUACUAUUUCUGUUGGCUUUAUUAAUUCUGUGAUAAUCAAUUUUUUUUUUGUUCAGAAUGUUUUUUGUCGAAAAGAAAUCAACAGAACUGCAAUGGAGGUAGUUAUCAAAUGUUUAGUUCAAACAAAUUCUCUGUCACAUAUAUCAGUUGGAAUGUUUAGUAAUGUGACUUUUCUUUUUUUUUUUGCACAAAGUUUUGACUCAAUUUGUUUUUUGUCUAUUGACUAUGAACACUAAAAGUAUCAUUCUGAUUUAACUUUUAUAUUAUUUGACCUUUUUUUUUCUUUAAACUUAUUUAUUGGUUUUUCCAUAAUUUUUUUUUCAACAAAAACAAUCAUUACAGGGUGUCAUUCUUAUAUUGUGUUGUAUUUGCUCAUGUUCUUAUAUUGUAUUGCAUUCUUAAACAAGUUGUUGAAUGGAGAACAAAAACAGUUUUGUUUGUUUGUAACCAUGACAUUUCCGCUGACCAAUAAUCUUUCCCUGUUUUUCAAAACAUGACCUAUUUCUGUUCCAUGCAUGAACUGGUGUGAAAGGAAAGUAAUUGUAAGAUGUGCCUGGAGCAGAUUUUGCUCUUCAUGACACUUAGCAAAAAACCAAAAGAUUAUCCCAGACAUAUUAAGUCAAUGUCUCAAUUCUGUUUUAUAAUUUAACUUUUUACUUGAAUCAAAGAAUUUUUUUUCAAAUUUUGAUGUCAUUGUGAUUUUAUUUAAACUGGUACUUUCUUAGCUUUUUUUUUUAUUUAAAAAGUCAUUAAAUAUUUCUGAGUUAUUUUACUGUAACAAUCUAUAAUUGGGGGUUCUGAUUCUUGUAUGUGAUAAACUGAUAUUUUAUUUUAAAUGGUGCUGAACAUUCUAUAUUAUUGUGUUGCUUUUUUGUAUUAUUAUUAUUUGAUUGUUAUUAUUAUUAUUAUUUGCUUCAACCUUCCUUCCCACUGAUCUCCACAGUAUGUCUCUUGUACCUCCCAAUACAAUGUCAUGAUGAUGUUGUUAUUUGAUCUUUCAGUCACAUUUUCAAACUGGCAUUUUCUCAAGAUGGAACAACAAAAACACAAAGAAUUAAUAUUAGACUGAAGUGCCCAUGACCUUUUUUUUUUUUUUUUUUUGCCUUCAUAACAUUUUUGUCUGCAAUGUAUUUUUAACUUGAUGGGAUAGGAUUAUAAUUGUCAUAACUUGUGAAACAGAACUCUUCAUUAGAGUCCAUGUGUUCAGCUUACUUCAUGCCCAUGUGCUAACUAAAAUAGGAAGACAAUUGUUUCUACUACAUGAUAAUCUGUCUAAAAACUAUUUGGACUUUUUCUUUGUGGACCAUAUUUAUUGGUUAUAGUAUAAGACUCUUUUCAUAUUUCAAAGACUAGUAAGAGGUCUGUAUUUACUGAAUGGUUUUUGUAUAGAUCAUCUUUCAUUCUCUAGCAGGCUCAGUUGGCUCAGGUACACAAUCUCUUUAGUGGACCUGUGGCUGGAGUUGGGAGAAGGUCAGGGUGCUGAGUUUAGGUGCUCAACUAACACAAUUCAGCUAGAUGCUCACUUGAGCCUCCUUGAUAGGUAACCCUUGAUAGGUAGCCCUUGACAAGUGUUUUAUGUCACAUCUUUACAAAUCUAUCAAACAAAUUCCAGAGUGUAAAUUGAUUUGCUAGAUUAUGUGUAAGUUGACUGAUGUUACUCGUCUAUCUGCAGUCUAACUUUUUCUGUUUAUGAUGAUUAAAGGAAAUUUAAUGUUUAUGUAUCAUUUUUUAUCUGCAAUAGGAAUUCUUACAAAAUUAAUAAUGUAGUGUGGACAUUGUAAUUAUAGAUCAGCAUUAUUGUCUUUCUCUUUGAAGUAUUUGUUUAUAUUUAAGUUUAUUAGAUUAUCUUUUGAUUGUUUCAUUAUUACCAGCAGCUCAGACUUUUAAGUAACAUUACAUUCAGUUGUAGCCAGAUAGUUGUAAGCUGCCUGUUUUUUUGUUUUUUGUAUUUCAUACAAAUAUCAUUUAAAAACUAAUUGAAUUGCAUAACAAACAUCUCAUUUUUGUGUGUUGACAAGAGUUAUAGUUCUUCAAUCAAUUGAUUUCAUUUUUUUUUCAUUGUGCUCACUCAUUUUGUUUUUGUCUUCUUUUUUUUAUAUUUUCACCAUGAGUUUAAAGCUGUCAAAAAUUAUUUUUGUUAGAAAUAAGAGAUAGAGAUCUUCAAAAACUUUGAUGGUACCUGGGAGAGUGACCCACGAUGACUGUGCUUUGUCUAAGUUCUUUGGAUGUCUUUUAUCAUUAUGUAACUUGGACACAUUUUUUUCCUAAUACUUGAAAAAAAAUGUAUCAGUUCUUUUUUAAUUUUUUUUUAUUUCAUACUUUCCAUGGAUAUAGUGCAUGAAAUAGUUUAGUUUUAUAGACUUUGAUUUAGUGUUCAUUCAUAUCUAUAGGUACCAAAUGUAUCUGCAAUGUCCUCUCCAUUAGGUUGGUAAAAA